UCCAGAAUACACUGGACAACCCGAGUGUCCUCAACUUCUCACAGGACGUGCCUUCCAGCCCUUUUAUCAGCUUUGUUUCCCUCCUCUGGAUGCUUUCAAGUACCUUGACACCUUUCUUAUAUUGUGGAGCCCAGAACUGCACACUGUACUCAAGUGUGACACCAGCUGCUGCAGCGCCAGCGGGAGGGAGCAGCUUGUCAUCCCACCUCUGCCCAGCCCUUCAGAGCACAGGGAGAGCAUGGCCACAGUGUUGGAUAAGCGCUGCCCAAUCUGUCUAGACACGUGGAGUGAUGCUGGCUAUGUACUGCCGUGUCUCCACCAGUUUUGUUUUGAAUGCAUCCAGCGCUGGGCAGAGAGGAAGCCCAAGUGCCCCCUUUGCAAGGGGAGAGUGACCUCCAUUGUGCACUCAGUGCAGGCGGACAAUGACUUUAAAGAACUGACCAUCAGACCACCUGUGGAGGCCUCGGUCACUAUCAACCGUGGAAGAAGAGCUCCUGGAGGCCCAGCCACACACAGCCCCCCUCGCCCUGUAACAUCCCAGCUACUGACUGUGGGGCUGGUGUCCGAUGCUCCUCUGGGUGGCAUCCACCCCCUUCUGUGGGCAUCCAUCUUCCGAGACUACCCAGCUUUGCUUCAGUCCCUGCUGCCCUGGCUGCACCGUGAACUUCAGCGGCUUCUUGGUGUUGAGAAUUUCGAAGCAGAUGUGGUGGAGGACCUCAUUAUGUCCAGCCUGGGCAUCUUUGGGCUGCAAGAAGAUGCUUUAGUCCAAUGGCUGCAGUUCUACCUGCGAAGCCACACAGUAGUAUUUGUUCAGCAGCUCAUUGAGUUCACUGUACAUCAAUGUGGUUGGGAGGCACAUUGUCUGCUGAGCCUAGAUGACUCUGAUGCUGCCAUGGGGCUGGAAGACAGCCCUGAAACUUCCCCUGGGCCCUCUGUGUCCUUGGGAGAGUCUUCCACUCCUGCCCUGUCCUCCUCCAGAGCCAACACAGAGGAGCUCCCUAGAUCUUCCACUGCUGCUCCUCGUGGGGGUCUCAGCCACCCAUCUUCUGUCCCUUUUCCCAUUCUUGGGGACAGAGUGCCCCGGGAAGAGCCAGAGGAGGCUGUAGCUGGUCAUUCUGCUGGUCAACAGGGCAGAGGCCGCUCACACAGGGGGGGGCAACGAGCUCCUGGAAGGAGGGCCUCUGCCUCCUACAAAUCUCUGUUGCCCCCCUAGAGGUCACUGCACCAGUGACACUGGGGCAGUGACCCAGGAGCAGGCAAACCAGGGCCGGUCCAGCUGCUGGGGCAAACACCAGCCCCCCAGGGGUACCUGGGGGCUCUCAGUAGUAGUAUGAAUCUAAUUAUCAGACACUGAAAAAAUAAAGGCAAGAAAACUGCAGGAAAAGUCACUGCAUUGCUAACAAUGUCUUGAUGUUGCUAUCCCCACCACUGCUGCUUUCUUCUACUUUCCUACUGCUUCCUUGUGUGCCUUAUGGUUCUAAAGGUCAAUGGGGUAGAUGUGCUGGGAGAGGAGCAUUGCUUUUGAAUCUCUAGUGAUGGAGAUAACCACAGCCUCUCCAAGCAAAGUAUGUUAGUUGCAUGCUCAGUUAAGAAGAGAUUCCUCUUCAGACAGAAUCUCUUGUGUUUCACCUUGUGCUCCUUGUCUCUCGUCCAGGUGCUGGGCACCACUAAAAAGAGCCAUGUUAUCACAUUAACUUAAGUAUUCUGGUGGAGAGCCUCAACUCAGUCACCAAGACAGGAACCUGUCAAAAAAUUAUGAUUCAAGAGAGUUUCUGACAAAUUGUAUGGACAGCGCUGGAAGAAAACCAGUUUUACAGCCCACAGUUGCUGAGAUUCCCAAAACUACAUGAAUGUCACUGAAUGCCUGCUUAUCUUACAUCCAUUGUGUCCAAAACUGUUUUGGUGAGAAAUACCAUCUUUGGAGCUGAAAAAGGUCUUCCUCCAGUUCACUUACUUUUUUCAUUCCCCACAAGUGGUACUCUCUCUUGAAACGCAGGGACUGCAAUGAGUCGGCAUUUUCACAGUCAGAGAACACGGAAUGGCUGAGGUUGGAAGGGAUCCCUGGAAACCAUCUAGCCCAAACCCCUGCUCAAGCAGGCCACCUAUAGCAGGUUACCCAGGACCACAUCCAAACAGUUUUUGAAUAUCUCUAAGGAGGGAGGCUCCACCACCUCUCUGGGCAACCUGUGUCAGUGCUCAGUCACCUGCUGCAGCGUGGAGAUCUGCUCCA